ACUAAUGGCGGGUGUGGAAACUAGCCGUGGUCAGUUAAAAGACACAAGGAGGGCUUUAUUUCGGACCCCAAAUCAAGAUGACAAUAGUAAGGCACCAGAAGCGUUGGAGGCCUUACUAAACAGAAUUCAAGUAGAUAUUGAAGUGGACUCUAACCUUCAAGGUCUUAGAAAAGAGAUCCAUGAACAGACUCUUACUAAGUUGAGACAGGAACUGACUCAGAUUGGUCAAGAUGAAUGGAUGUACAAACCCAUUGAUCAGAUUAUUGGAUUUUGAGUUGUUUUUUGCAUUGCACAAUUAGCUGUAACAAGGUCUCCAGAAUGGGUCUAAGUCAUUGAUGAUUGAUAGACAAUUCAAGUCAGAGGUAAUUCACAAGACAAUGUGGGGCAGGGUACGGCGAUGUUGACCAAACAAGAGACAGUCUCCUUCGGACUGAUAUGAUGAUGUUGUGUUGCUUCAGUUAUUUCCACCAUGACUGAACCUGAGAGAGAAUUUAUAAAUAUAUGUUCAGUGCAAUGAG